UCUCAGCUCAGCUGGAAGUUUGACUCCCAGUCCCGCCUCUCCCAUCCACUACCGCGCAGCCAUACGCUGCAAAACAACCGGAGCGACGGGGCAGGUUGACCAACCCGCCACCGAUAGGAGUCUCCAUCUCGCACCAGCGUCCCGUCGGUUAUGCUCGGAUUCUCGUCACUGUCAUCUCGUUGUAUUUCAUGCCCAGCAGCCCCCUGCUCGCCUCGUCCUUCUACCUCCUCAGCGCAGCGCUCGAUGACUUGGAUGGGUAUGCAGCGCGUCUGCUGCACCAAGAGACGCAGUUCGGGGCGAUGCUAGACAUGCUGACAGACCGCUGUGCCACCAUGUGCCUGCUGGUCAACCUGUCUCUGCUCUACCCACAAUGCACCAUACUCUUCCAGCUCAGCAUGACCAUCGACGUGGCCAGUCACUGGAUAUACCUGCACAGCUCCAUGAUGAAAGGCAACUCCAGUCACAAGACCAUCGAGCUGUCAGGAAACCCUCUGCUGAGGCUCUACUACACCUCCCGGCCCGUUCUCUCUCUGAUGUGUGCCGGAAACGAACUCUUCUAUUGCAUGCUGUACCUGCUCAGCUUCUAUGAGGGGCCAAGAAUGGGUUUCCUGCCGGCCGGAUUAUUCCGGUGUGUGUUUUGGCUGAGCGUGCCAUUCGCGAUUCUGAAAUUCGUUAUCAGCCUCCUUCACCUUGUCGCAGCAUCGCGAAACAUUGCCACCAUCGACACAGCCGAGCGAAGAAAGAGACUGGAAACAUCGCAGUGAGGAGAGAGAGAGAGACUUGAAACUCAGGGGGGCUGUGUGAAUCAUUGCUGGAGCCACAGUCCAGUAUAAUAUAU